UGCAACAAACCAUGGAGUGAGCAACUGGAGGUUAAAUUGAUGGAUGACCAAAAAGAUAAGGGUUGUGCCUCGGAAGACCAAGAAACAAUCCUGAUUAAUGGGGUGAAAGAGGAAGAUUCCCGGGACCUGGAUGGCGACGAGAAACCCUUCCGCACUGCAGACACUGCAGUUCCGUUCCCAGCCCUGGGCGUAGCCACGCAGAAGGAGAGCCAGGGGGUCCCGCGGGUGCAGACGGCCCUCGCUUCGAAGAAGCCCUGCUGGCUCAGCCCCCCGUCCCCACUAAGACUGGCUGACGUGCCCGAUCACAUUUCGGAUGACUCCUCGUCCGUCCAUGCCAUUUCCCUCACGUCGUGUGUCACAAAGGGCAUGAGCGCCUGGUCGCUGCCGGGCGACUGCGAGAAGGCCCCCUUCACGAUGAUGGAGCCCGGGAGCAUAUCGGCCCUGACCGGGGACUGCCUGAUGCAGCCGAGCCGGACCUGCCUGGGCUGCUUUAUCGAGUCCAAGGACAGCAUUGACGCGGAGCCGGGAAUCAGUCUCAAAGUGGGGGACCUAAACAGGGAUUAUGACACCUGCUCGGUCUCCGAUAUCGGCAUUCAUUGCAUGAGCACAGGGGAGACCAUGCGGUACGGAGAUCAGCUGCUAUCGGACCAGCUGCUGAGCUUCCCCGUGCAUAAAUCCAGGGCAGCAGACAAAAAAGAUGCCGAGAAGUCGGACAGCGAUUCUGAGGACCCCACGCAGAAAAACUAUUAUGAGGGAUUACUAUUAGACAAGUGCAACGGGGAGGAACCUCUGCUAACAAAUCCCAACCAGGAGUGGGGUUAUUUUGAAUCUUUCAUUAGCGAAAGCAAGAUCGAGCUGCUGGACCUGUGCUCCAAGAACGAGCUUUCUGUAAAUCUCUUUUCCGAGGAGGAUGUGGAUAAUUACAUGUUCGAUGAUGAUGACUCAACCUUGGGAAGUGACGUCUGCUCCUUAAAGAUCCGAUACGAAUCAUUCCAGGACAAUGUGAAGGAGAAGACUGGCACACUGCAAGAAGACGCCCAGUUUAACUUUUUCCCGAGCGUGUUCAGUGGGUGCCCUAAGAGGGAAGGCCGAAUGGCCUUGAAGAGGGGACCCCGUGGGGGAACAGAUGCUUCCCAAUUCAAAUCCGAGGAGAGCAUUAUAUGGGGGGAUGAGGAAGUAGAUGGAGAGGAGGAGGAGGAAGAGGAGGAGGAAGAGGAGGCAGGUGAGAAAGUUGCCUUAAACAAAUGUUGCACCAGUACAGAAGUAGUACAAUAUAUCAGUCCCAAAAGAAACCACUUCUUGGAACUGGUGAAUUCAGCAGAGGACUCAGGGGAGUUCAGUGAUGACAGCACCUGCACUGAAUCGUCCUUUGACGUGCUCCAAGAUCUGAAGGACUGCAACAAGUACCUGCCCAGAGACCACUCCAGUUCCUUCAUUCAACAGAACUAUGGUCUGCGAGCAAAGCGGAAAGUGCGGUACAGUGAUGAUUACCUGUACGAUGUGGACUCCAUUGAGAGCGAGAAGAUUGUGGAUAAGAAGGAGUGGAUCCCGGAUGGGCCCAAGGAGGAAGAUGAUGACGAAUGGUGCCCCAAGAAGAGGCGAAAAGCUUCACGCAAGGAGCCCCCCGUCAUCAUCAAGUAUAUCAUCAUCAACCGGUUUAAGGGUGAGAAGCACAUGCUGGUGAAGCUCUGCAAAGUGGACGCCAGCGAGACAACGGUGACGCUGAGCGAGGAGCUGCUGAGCAAGUAUGCCAAGCUGGCCCCCCUGAAGGCCUUCUGGCAGGAGCAGUGGCAGAGCCGCCUCGACCUCCUCCGGUCAGCGCUGCUCCACAAGCAAAGCUUCUAUCUCAACGGCUCCGAGGUCUCCUUCCUGCCUCACCCCCGGAAGCGCAAGUGCAAGCUGGCAAACAGGCAUCGCAUCCAGAGGAUUAAGGCCAUCGAGCAACCGGUGGGCAAGCCUGGCAUUUGCUCCUCCGAUCCAAAGCAGCUCCUCCGCAGAAGGGGAGAUGAUGAGGCUGGCCUGAAAGGGGCGCAGGCGCUGGCCAUCGCAGGCCCUGGCUGCGCCAACGGCUUGUGCUUGGACGACAUCGCCAGCCUCGCCUCACCAAAGUGUAAGGCCCAGGACAGGGAAUUCAAGGGGCCCGAGCGGAAAGUCUUGCGCAGGAUCAAGUUCAAGAGUGAAGCCAGGUUGAAAUGCAAGCGACUCAAGGCAGUGGCCAGUCUGGCCCCCGCCUCCGCAGCCCCGGAGCAUCCGGAGCCUGCCCCAGGUUUGCGGGAGGAAAGCGUCAAUGGCACUUGCCUGUCCAAGUGCCGGGAGGAUAAAGUUGCUAAAAACUCUCCAUCCUUCCUUCCCACCACCUGCUCUUCAGAGAAGCCUCCUCCCUCAGCCAAUCUGGCCACCAACAUGCCCCUCAUUCCUGGAGGGUACCUACAAACAUUGUUAGAUGCCUCUGAUUUGUCCAGUAACACCGGCAUCACCUAUUUCAGUCCUCAGCACCCAGAGCAACCGCCGCAGGAGUCGCUCCCCAGCCUCACCCAGGCUGAGAAAGCAUUCUGCACCCUGCAGCCCACCCAAAGCUGCAUUCUCUCUCCGCCCUCUGAGUCGGAGCUGCAGCAGUCGCCGAGCCAUCUGGAAAUGGAGCCGAGCAACUUCGGAAGCAUGUGGCCGUCUGGCAAACCAGCCGAUGGCAGCAGCCAGGAAUUUGCAAGCAGCGGAGCAGAAGCGUCCGUGCUUUCGCCGGCAGAGUUUGGUGGCUGCGCGAAUGCAGAAGACGUCCCAUCCUCUGGAUAUGCCCAAGCCCACCUGAGUGGUGGCAAAGUACUAUACCAAAAAAAAUACAUGCCGGAGAACGCACCCCCCGCACAGCCCGAUGACUCUUAUCAGUCGUGCCAUUUCAGCCAGAGAGAGGGUCAUUUUCAUUUCCAGCGAGGUACCCUGAGCACAGACAAUGGGAGGCUUGUCAGCUUCGACUCCGUGGGCUCGCUGUCCGUUAGCUCGAGCAAUUACAGUUCCUUGAGUUUAAAAUCCUGCGAAAAGGACGGCGAUGAUGAUAUUGCUGACGAUUUCUUGGCCCACUGCAGUCCCAAACUGGUGAUCCAGCAAAGCAUAGAUGAAAUAACGCCCUUGAAGGAGUCGACUGACCUUUUAGAUAUCUCUAACUUCACACCUGAUAAGUUCCGCCAGUCGUCCCUUUCCGAAAUGUCUCCCCCAGAUACCCCUAACCUUUCCCCACAGAUCACUGGGUCGGAAACCAAACCACUUGGAAGCCUGAAAUGCUUCCCCAGUAGCUCUCAGGCCGUGCUAAGCAAACCUGAGAAGACCAAGUGGGGUUGUGAUGUUCUCCAGACCCAAGACCAGACCGAUAAUGGAUUCACUUUAAACAAUCAUCAGUUUCAGUUCCAUAUGUUCAACGAUGAAGAUUCUGUCAGCCUCCUUGAAAAAGACCCAUGCCUGUCAACGUUUAAUGAGCCAUCUGGCCAAAUUAGCGCCAAUAGCAAAGUGUCAAAAUCAAAGAGGAAAAGUUCAUCUAGUAAAAACGUAGGUGCAAACCAAAGCCCUCCCCAGAAGAAUGUUCGGAAAAAAACAUCCAAAGCUAAUAAAGGGACCGAAAAGCCACCAGGCAAAAAUUCCAGGCAAGCUCCCAAAUCUACACGGAAAGGGAAGAAUGCCGCUGGAAUUAAUGGGGAGAAGACACCAGGCACCGGUGGUAGAGCAACCGGUCUGCCAAACAACUCGGCGUCGGCAGCGAAAGCACUGGUGGAGUCCAUGCAGCACUGCAGCCCCAAUGCCCUCCGGGGGGGCAGGCAGAAUGGAGUCUCCGGAGAAUGGGCCCCGGGGAGAGACGGUGGGGGCAGCUGGUCCGAGGCCAGCCCAGGAAACGCGCGCAGCCUUCUGGACGAUGAUCAGAGGGAAUUCGAAGAGCCGUCCAAUAUUCUAUCAAACAUUGCCUCUGGAAUGGCAGAUGUUCAGAGAUUCAUGAUGGCCUCCAUUGAACCCCUGUGGGGCCCUGUGGGCCAUACCAGCGUCUCUGAUAUUUUCCGGUCCCCUGAAUCCAACAGCCUGAAGUUGAAAACUCUUAAGAUUCUGGCCGGAACAUCACAAGAGUCCAAGAAAAAGGUGAACGGCAAUUCUUCGGGAACGGGGAAGGCUCACAAACCGGGGGGCAAGGGCUCGAGCAAAAGCAGCGGCCGAGCCAUCUCGUGUGACCCCGGACGCCCCAACUGUUCGACUGGGUACAGCACAGACAUUCACUCUCCCUUUUUUGAUAAAAGUUAUAGUAACCUGAGCACUUUAGCCAAACACGAGCCUACGCAUAAAAAGUUGUAUCGGCAUAAAUCCACCUCGAAGUCGCUGAGGGAUGAGAACUGUAAAAUCAAGCGAGCGGACCGUGAGCCGGCCCAUAAGGACCCGUCUGUGACAGCUUCAUUUGAAAAGCUGAGGGAAACAGACUACAUUCUUCUUAAAGCAGAAACAGCAUUUUGUUUACCUGUAUUCGAAGAAGAGACACCUUUUUCUAGAAUGACACUUGAUGCUUGCUUGGUUCCCCCUUUUUUUCUUUGUUUUUCCCCCCUUACUCGCUCAAAAAGAAAAAAAAUAACAAUGCCUUGUAAUAUGUUGAAGUGUUAA